UUCAACCCGGAAACCCCGCCUAGCGCCCUGAGCUCCCAGGGCCUGCCCUGCCCCUGCCCGCCCACUCCCUCCCUCCACCCAGAAGUGGAUGCACUGAGCCGACGCAUCCCCCCUGCAUGUCAGUGACUUGAGGCCCACCGAGGAGACCCGCCCACCCACUACCAUAUGGAUCCAUCCCCCCCAGAGUCCUGUUACACCAGCCGGGAGUCGGACCCUACAGGUUUGGAUUUCCACUCUGCUGGCCGAGAUUCUUUCUCCGCUGGCCACCAGUUCAACUCUCUGUACCAGGAACUGGACCUGGACUCUCUUCAUGAAGAUCUUUCCUAGUCCAUGCCGGGCACCACGACAGAGACUUCAGCGAGCGCCCCUGAAUCCUGCCAGACUGCCGAAGCAGAGGAUCUCCCAGGGGCUGCACGAAAGGAGCUCAAAUCCGAGCUCACUAAAUUGGAGGAGGAAAUUGUAACCCUACGCCACACUCUGGCAGCCAAAGAAAGGCGUUGCACGGAGCUCAAAAGGAAGCUGGGCCUCCUAGCCUUGGUGGCACUAAGGCAGAAUCCGUCCAAGAGCUGGCACAACGUUCAAGUGUCCGAUGUUUACAUGAAACAAAAGACGCCAGCUGCCGUGUCCACCAUGGGCUCUGCUGUUUGCAGGAAGCUUGGAGACAUGAAGAAGUCAGCCACAUUCAGAUCCUUUGAAGGUCUGAUGGGAGCGAUCAAAUCCAGAGUUGCUGGUGGAAGAGAGCUCGCCAGGGACUGCCUGCCUUCUUCAGCUGGGAGUGGGGACGAUCUCCCGGCUUCAGGCAGUAGGGAUGACCCACUCCCACUUACCCAGAGUGGGAAUGACCCAAUCCAAUGAAGUAGACUUGAUCAAGUUCUGAGGAGUGGAGAUGAUCUGGUUGCAGGCAGUGGGCAUGAUUUGCUGCCCUUUCUGGAGCCAGAAUGAGCCCCUUGGUAACCUUGCCUGGCCACCUAACCAGUGCAAGAACCCCCUUUUCUCAUCAAAAACAAGCAACUAAACCACCCUUGUAAAGUUAAUUGAGGAAAUGGACAGAGUCCAGUUUUGAGAAAAGUAAUUCCCAUUGGUACAUAGGCAUUUGCUGCUGUUGGGGUAGAGAACCCAACAUCUUGUACCCAGUUGUUUUACACUAAAGUUGGUAGGUGAAAUGUAUCACUACACUAUCCUUCUGGAUAAAACUUCUCUUUGCUUGGGCAUAUAUUAUAACACGUCACUACCUAAAGGUAGUCCCUCCAAUCUAAGAAGGUGAUCCUGUUUUGUUGAUUCUUGAAUGCUUCCCUAUUCCUUUGAUUUUCCUAUAAGCAAAACCAAAAACACAACAAAUGCAUUAGGUAAACUGUAAAGGCACUUUUGUGUAUCUCAACCCUCCAUGGAUAUCCAAACACAAACUUUGCUUCAAUUAAAACAAGAUGUUCACCUGUUCUACAUGGUUGUUUCUUUGUAGUGUCCAUAAGCCAAAAUGGUUUUUCUGUGCUGAAGAACAAAAGACAGACUUCCGGCAUACAUAAAGUUAAAGUAGCCCAACAGGCAAAGGUUUUGACCUUAUACUGCAGAAAACUUUGUGUUAGGGAAAAUCUCAGACUGACAUCAUGGACCAAACCCAAAAUAUGUUCUAUUUUAUUUAAUAAUUCAAGCAAAUGAACAGU